CUCAUCGACUAUGCUGUUUCUGUGUUUGGCAGUUGUAUUGUUCAACACUGGCCGUACAAAUGGCCUUUCGUUUCACAGUUUCGGCAACGAAUUUGAAUAUAUAGCGACAGAAAUGAACGAAUCGCUAGUAAAUUUCGACACAUCAGCUGUUAAAACGAGUUGGAUGAGACAACCCGUAAACCACUUUGAUCCUAUUGAUACACGGACAUGGAAAAUGAGGUAUUUUCAAAGACAUGACAUGUGGAAACCAAAGAAGCCCAUAUAUUUAUUCUUGGGCGGCGAGGGUCCAGCAAGUCCUGUUUUCUUGAAGACCGGCAUAAUGUACGAUCUAGCAAACGAGACGAAUGGAGCUAUGUUUGCAUCCGAACACAGGUACUAUGGGAAAAGUAAGCCGUUUCAAAAUUUCACUUCAGAAAAUUUGGCGUAUCUGAGCGCUAGACAAGCACUUGCUGACUCAGCCAGAUUAUUGAAGUUAAUUAAAUCAAUGCCUAAAUUUAGAUCAUCGAAAGUAGUGGUAGUUGGUGGAUCGUAUUCUGGAAAUUUAGCUGCGUGGAUGAAAUUAUUGUACCCUGAACUAGUGGAUGCAGCAAUAGCAAGCAGUGCGCCCGUUUUAGCGAAAAAAUAUUUCUACGAAUACCUAGAAACUGUUAGCGAUGACUUCGAACAAUACGGACCUGCCGGCUGUUGGGACAAAAUUGCUGCAAUGUUUUCAAGAUAUGAAAAACUUUUUCAGAGUGACGACGGAAUCGAAACGUUAAAAGUUGAAGAGAAUAUUUGCGAUAGUUGUGAUAUGAGCAAAUCGGAAAAUAGGGAACUUUUCUUCAUGGAGAAGGCCUCCCAAUUUAUGUAUCGAGCCCAGUAUGGUAAUCCUGGAGUCAUCAAAGAUUAUUGUGAGAGCAACUUUACUUCGAAUUUUAGGAAAGUGAAAAAUCAAAACUUAAUUUGGAAUGAAAGAAGCGAGUGUUAUUACUAUGAUUUCGAUGAGAUGAUUGUAAGUAUUAGGAGCAUUGAUUGGUUGACUGCUUGGAUCUAUCAGACUUGCACCGAGUUCGGUUACUUUCAAACUGGGUCUUCUGAUGACCAGCCGUUUACUAAAAACAUUUCGGUAGAAUUUUACUACAGGAUGUGUACCAAGUUGUUUGGGCCAGACUUUAAUGAAGAAAGAGUUGACAGAGGCGUUAGAGAUAGCAAUAAAUUGUAUGGAGGUUUGAAGCCUAACGUGAGUCACGUUGUGUUCGUAAAUGGUGACAUGGAUCCAUGGAGCAGAUUGAGUGUCCUAGAAGACUUGUCCUAUGAAUCGCCAGCCAAAAUUAUCAGUCAAUCGUCGCAUUGCAGAGAUCUGUUUUCUGAUAGAGAAUCGGAUCAUGAGGAACUAAAAGAUGCAAGGGCGUAUAUUAGAUAUCUCAUUAAAGAUUGGAUUGGUGAAGGCAAUUAUAAAAAACCAUAA